AUGGAAGCACAAGAAGACACCUUGGGGCUCGACAAGCCCAUGAAAUUGGGUAGAGUGUCGAAGUUCCCUAAAAUCACAGAUGAACUUCUUUUUAACCCUACUAGAGGUCUUCCCCAAAUAACAAAGAACUACAAGAAACUUUCCAGAUCAAUCAAGAAGAACGAUAAAAGGCUUCACGAUAAGCUCAAAACAGAAACGUCUAAGAUGGCCGUGAAGAGAGCUAAGGUAGAGGCAGAGUUUGAAAACCUCGGAAAUGUCAUCCAAUUCUACCAGUUUUGGUGCCAUGGCUUCUUUCCAAGAGCUAACUUCAACGACUGCAUUCGUAUGCUAAGGACAUACAAGUCUGCCAGGCUUAAAGAAUAUAGAAGAAGUCUUCUAGAUAAUGAGCUUCAUAAGCUUAAGGUUGCAAAGGGCAUUAUCACUGAAGGUGACGAGGAACAGGGUCUACAGGCGGAGCUUGAUAAUGAUGAUUUGUAUGCGGCACCGGGAACCGCUGAUGGGGAGACUAGUAGCGUACCACAAGCUAACCUUAAUAACGGCCUGGACUUGGAAGAGGACGAUGGUGAUUGGGGCUUCAUGAAUGUUAAUGGCUCGAACACUAAUGGGCUCUUCAUAGGUGACGACGAUAACGACUUGGAGUCUGAGAGACCAGUGGAUCGUUUCGAUGAUGCACAGCCUAAACCUCAAGAAUAUGACGAAUACCCGCCGGAAGACGAUAUUGAAGAUGACUAUGAAGAGGAGUUUGCAGCAAUGCGCGAGAUGGGUAUGUAA